AUGGCAACAGCGAUCGUCGACAGUGUAAAUCCUCACUCCUUGGGUCUAUCUUCCGAACCGAAUGUCUUCACACCAGCCGCGGACAGCAACACAGACUCGUCUCAGACUGAAACCAGUACCCCAUCUUCCUUUUUAUCCUCUGAUGCUGCGAAGAACGGUCAGCCUAGCAAGGCAGAGGAUGAACCUCAAAAUGCCCAGCUCAAUGAGAGAAAGGAAGCAGAACCUCGGCUCGAGGAUGCGAAAGAUGAUCCAUGGUUCCUUGGACACUGGAACAGAGUCACCACGCUCUUUGAGCAACGUUCUUUACAAGAGCGAAUUCAAGACGUCCCAGCGCGACUUUUUCACGAGGCGAUGCUCCAUCGACUCUUUCACGACCGUCUUGAGGCACUCGAGGCCGCAAUUCUUGGACCGCAGAAACUGGACUUUACCAAUUAUAACAAAAGCAAGGUGCCUGAUAGCGAGGCUACGACCAAAUGGCUCAGCUGGCAAGAGUACUCCGUUGUAUACGACGUACCCGAUUCGAAAGGCGAGUGGAAGCACGUCCCGGAAAUCGACAACAGCCCACAGAGCAUCAUUGAGACUCUAAUCGAAGAACCUCUAUCGUUCAGAGCGGUGCGGUCGGUAACGACGAAACAGUCCCCCGGGGUCGUCGCUGGGAACAAAGUGAGCGUUGAUGGCAAAGAGGCCAGCCUUCCUAUGUUUCAGAUUCGGCUUCGCUCGCCAAUUCUUUUGAAGGUCUUGAAUGAAGUCACAGACCAGCUCUCGCAGCGCGGCCCCCACGAGCAUAAAGUCACGUUCAUGAGGCCCUUUAAGCUGUUGACUCUGUUCUGGAAGGAUCUCUUGGAACAUCAAAAGAAACUCGAACAGAUCCAUGGUGACAGCACAGCUGAAAGUCAAGACCCUUCAAUGGCAAUUGGCCCAUUAAAAGAAACGGAGAGCCCAAAGGCCCUUGAACAUCUACGGUUAUUGAAUGAAUUUAUGGCAAAUCAUUUAGGUCGUGUUUUCAAGUUAAGGGAGGAUUUUGAGAAGGGCACGGCUCGCAAAGUAGCAUUCUGUGAUCUUUGGCAUGUGUUCCGACCAGGUACCACCGUCCGCAGUCCCGCUGCAAAGCAGAUCCAACUAUACCGGGUGAUUCGCGCAACGGGAGGGAGACCGCUUUACUCCCUCGCUGGUGACCCCCCGGCAAACUAUGCUGGGGUCAAAUUGAAGGACCAAGGAUACUCCCCGGGAAGUUUCAUAGUGGAGUGCUUCUACAUUGACUUUGAUGGGGCCCAAUAUGGCCCAGUAAACCGUACAUUCCAGAUCCGGAAGUAUGAAGGAGAGCGAGAUAUGACUGCUCUCCCGGUAUAUCCAUUGCAAUGCGAUCCGGACCAUGAGAGCAUUCGCGAAGCGAUGGUCACUCGAGGUGAAAUCUUCGCAGUUUUAUCGAACCCACAAAAGACAGCACAUAAGCAAUACCGUGGAUUAACCCUUGAUAAGCAUCCGGAACAAGUGGAAUCUCAGGUAAUCAUUGAUUUCCAACUGGCGUUUCUAGAGAUGUCCGACAAAAAACCACAGAUCGGACUGGAUAGUCUAGUUGAUCAUGAUAACCGAGAGACGAAUUUGGGUUAUUUUCGUUGUAUUCAAUGCGGCUCGGAAGGCUGCUGUGGGAACGACUACAUUGUCCAAGACUCCGCCAUCGAUGAAAAAGAAGAACAGCAGUUCAAAAGUCUGAGUGGGAGCUUAUUUGACUCCACGGGAUAUGCGGAAGACUUGACCCGAGACCAGAAGGCCCUACUUCCCUUUAUGGUCUACGGGUUUGUUCUCCGUUCUCGCAAAUGGGCAACGUUUGAUAUUGAGAGCAUUAGCGAUGUUCAAUACACCGAUGGGUGGCAAAACUUGGUUAUCAACGACAGUAUUAAAGAAACAGUCUUGGCUAUGGUUGAAAAUCAUGAGAGUAUCCCAAGCAAGUCUGAAGGGCGGGGGAGUUCCCUGCCCUCUGUCGACCUUAUUCAGGGCAAAGGUAAGGGUCUGAUUAUUUUGCUGCACGGCGAACCGGGAGUUGGCAAGACUAGUACAGCUGAAUGCGUUGCGGAUCAUACCAAACGGCCUCUUUUCCCAGUCACAUGUGGUGACAUAGGAGACAACGCUGAAUUUGUGGAGAAGAACUUGGAGCGGAACUUCCAGCUUGCUCAUAAAUGGGGAUGCGUUCUUCUUCUUGACGAAGCCGAUGUUUUUCUUAAGCGACGCAAUGAUACCGAUCUCCCUCGCAAUGCUAUUGUUUCAGUUUUCCUUCGAACCUUGGAAUACUACAGUGGGAUCCUAUUCCUGACCACAAACCGUGUCGGCCAAAUCGACCGGGCAUUCAAGUCCCGAAUCCAUGUCAGUUUGUAUUAUCCGAAACUGGACAAGAAAACAUCCAUCCAGAUAUGGAAGAACAACAUCGGACGGAUCAGGAAGGAGUUCGAGGCGCAAAAUCCGGACUUCGAUAUCCGGGAGAAAGAAAUAAUCCAGUUCGCAAAAGACCAUUUCAAGGAUACCAAAGCUAAGAACCUGCUCAACUGGAAUGGAAGACAAAUUCGCAACGCAUUCCAGACAGCCGUUGCUCUUGCUGCCUUCGAUGCACGGAAAAACAAACGACCAAAUGAUAUCAUUCUCGGUAAGGAACAAUUCACCCGAGUCGCCGCCGCCGCCGAGGAAUUCGACAGAUACCUCCUCUCGCUCAGCCAGGGAAAGAAUGACUCACAACUUGCCGAAGAGCAUCGCUGGCGCGCCGAUAACUUCCAGAAUCAACCUAUGGUGGUGCCCAUGGUACCCAACACGGAUCCGGGUCGCUCAGUAUAUGCGUUUGGGCGGUCGAGUCGUUCUUCCAAAGGCCGAGGGCCUGAGAGAGGGGUGUUCAAGGAAGCGCAGCCUUCAGACACUGAUUCAGACUCGAGUACAUCAUCAGAUAAGGAAGAGUCCAGUGAGCCAGAUCAUCGACAUGCUGCAAGCGAUGAGAGCUCUGAGCCUGAAUCGGAUUUGGUUCCAUCAGAGGAGGACAGGAAGAAAAAGCGUAAAGGAAAGUCUACUUCGAAGACAAAGGAUGGGAAGAAAAGAGCGAGUCAUAAGAGGUCAAAGUGA